AUCUCCCGCUGGGUAACUAUGGAUGACAACGAGUUAACCAUUUCUAACGCUCUUUCUCUCUCUUUCUCUCUAAAACGUCUCACUACGCUUAAAAUGAGUGCACCUCAUCUGUAUCGCCAUUGCUUCUCUCUCUUAUGAACCAGAUAAAGCAAAUCCACGCCCACACACUCAGGAAUGGCCUGGAUCAAACCAAGCUCUUGAUCACCAGGCUUCUGCAACUCCCCAACCUUCAUUACGCUCGCCUUCUCUUCAAUCAAAUCCUUGAACCCCAACCAUUCUUAUACAACAAACUGAUCCAAUCUUACUCGAACAAUGGCCCCUUUGAACAAAGUUUGUUCUUAUACUCAAACAUGCACAGUAAUGGCCUCCCCGCAAAUCAGUAUACCUUCACCUUCCUACUCAAGGCCUGUGUUUCUCUCUGUAGAAUUCAUGAAGGUCAGAGCCUCCACACCCAUAUUGUCAAAUUGGGCUUUUACUCUGAUCUCUUUGUGACCACCUCCAUGGUUGACUUGUAUGCGAAGGCCGGUCUAUUGGGUGAUGCAGAAAAACUGUUUGAUGAAAUGGGAAAGAGAGAGGUCGUCGCCUGCAAUGUUCUCAUUGCCGGCUAUGGCAAAAUUGGGGAUUUGUGCAGAGCAAGAAAGGUGUUUGAUACAAUUGAGCUCAAAACAGUUGUUUCAUGGACUGCCAUGAUUGCCGGAUAUGUCCAAAACGAUCGGUUUUUAGAAGCAAUAAGCCUCUUUCGAAUGAUGACAGAGAAAGGCAUGAGCCCCAAUGAGGUAACAUUAGCAAGCAUUCUCCCCGCCUGUGCAAGCCUCGGGGCUUUGGGAUUAGGUGAAGAGAUACAUUCCUAUGUGAGAGAAAAUGGGUACGCCUCAAUUUUUGUUGACAAUGCUUUAAUGGAGAUGUAUGCCCGAUGUGGUUGCAUAGACAAGGCAUGGAAACUCUUUGAUGAAAUACCUGAAAGAAACCUAUGUUCAUGGAACACCAUUAUCAUAGGCCUUGCUGUGCAUGGUCAAUGGAGGGACGCACUCAACCUCUUCAAUCAAAUGAUCACUGGUAGCUUAAAACCAGAUGACAUAACAUUUGUUGGUGUUUUAAGUGCGUGUAGCCAUGGAGGACUCAUGAACCAUGGACGGAAUUACUUCAAUUCAAUGAACUCGAUCUAUGGCAUAAUCCCCAAAUUGCAACACUAUGGAUGCAUGGUAGAUCUUCUAGGAAGAGCUGGUCAGUUAACAGAGGCAUACAUGCUCAUAACAAGCAUGCCCGUGAUGCCCGAUUCAGUCAUAUGGGGAGCUCUUCUUGGGGCUUGUAGUUUUCAUUGUAAUAUCGAAUUUGCGGAGAAAGCUGUCGAUUUCUUGUUCGAGCUCGAGCCAAACAAUCCAGGGAACUAUGUGAUCAUGUCAAAUAUAUAUGCUGCUAGAGAUAGGUGGGAUGGGGUCGCUAGAGUGAGAAUGAAGAUGAGAAAGAAUGGGAUUCAAAAGGUGGCAGGGCAUAGCUCGAUCGAAGUGGAUGGUGGGGUUCACAAGUUCAUGGUGGAGGAUAUGUCGCACCCUCGGUCUGUUGAGAUUUACAGUGUGUUGGAUGAAAUUGCUGAGCAUAUGAGGCUUCCUAGGUUUGUUAUGGGCCAGGAUUUGGGGUUCAGUGUACCAGGGUGACCGAUGGCCGGCUAGUUUUUGUGGCUCCAUGAUUGAGAUUUGGAUGAAGAGAGAGAGAGAGACCUCUCAGUUUAAAUACAGAAGAGGCGGGGGAGGAAUGAGAUACUACCAGUUGCACAACCAGUGAUCAAGAGGUAGUUACAUCACAAAAUUACAGCAAAUGAGAAGAAACAAUUGAUGACUCCAUAGAUACAACCCUCUUCGCCAAGUCAUCUGUAACUUCAUCGGCCUACUUAUAGACAUGGUUGCAACUCACCGAGCAUACAGCAGUAAGCUCUUGAUGCUGGGUUCAUGUUUUGGGCUCCGGACACCAAAUUGAUGCUGGGCUCAUGUUUCAGGCUCCCGACACCAGAUUGCAAAGUUUAUAAUUUUUCGAAUGUUAUAAAUCUGUUAUUGGAUCAAGAUCCGAUUUCAUGAAACUGGAGAGUUGAGUUUGUAAAUUUCUCUAGUAAGAUAAAUUGCAAGACAUUACUCCUUUUUUU